GAGCAAACUGUUGUGUUAUGCGCAACAGAACUUUGAAUGAAACUGGCAGAUUAUUCUCACGCACAGGAAGAUAUCAAAUCCCCUCAGUUCCGGCGCCUUAGGCCUAAGUUACCUUUCAAGCAUCCUUUUCAAUGACUACAACAUCAUCAUCGAUACCCGCUUGGCUUUCCAGAGCAUUAGCAAACGAUUCUCGGUUUAUCUCCGAAACUGUUUGCUCCGCAUUGUCUGAACGAGAAUAUGCUCGCGAUCACAUGCGGACUCGAUCUCUCGCGACAGAACCACAGUCUACGUCGCUUCUUGCGCGCAGCCAACAAGCGUUGACUUCUGCGCUGGGAAAGAUAGAUCCAGUCGCACACUACUCCAUCACGAUAGCCCAUCAUCCAGACAAUGUAGUCGCUAAUCGGUAUUCUAAUAUCCACCCAUAUGAUCGGACCCGGGUUGUUGUAGGCGAUCUGAAGGGCAGUCACUGCAGCGUCGGAGCUGAGGGUAGCAAGGGAAGGUAUUUUAAUGCAAGCUGGGUGCGGGAACUGUACGGCGGGAAGUUAUGGAUCGCUACCCAAGCACCCCUUCCGCGCACAGCGCAUGUGUUCCUCAGUGCCAUCGUGCAACCAAUUUCCACUCCUCCAGCAUCUCUCAAUUCUCCCCACAUGCAUUCUCCUAGUCGUGUGCGGACUAUCGUUCAGCUUACACCAAAUAUGGAGAGAGGACGACGGAAAGCUCACAUCUAUUUCCCCUCCACCCCUGGACAGUCAAUGGUGUCGAACCCAGAUCCGACAAGCGAUGCGCCUGCACUGAAGGUGACAUUAAUAGAGAGAAAGCGAAUAAACGAAGCCUGCUGCGUGCAGAGCAAAGUCUCCAUCGUUCCUGUCACCUCGACAAAUCCGCAAGAUGCUGUGGUAUUCACCCAUUUGCUGUAUGCUGCAUGGCCGGACCAUGGAGUUCCUGAGGAUGAAGACCAAGCCACCCUUCUCGCUUUCGUUCGUUUGGUGGAUUGCGUUAACAGGGAUACUUCUGCACUCGUGUCAUCUCCGGAGCCGAAGCCGGACCCAGACCCUCCUAUCAUGGUCAACUGCUCCGCUGGCAUAGGGCGGACCGGAUCAUUCAUUGCGAUAUCAUCACUGUUACGCGCAUACCAUCUUUUGAGUAGCAACCCGUCCCUGGACACCUUAACGCCUUCCCCGCAGCCUCUGUCCUCUUUUCCUGCCCCUCCGCUAGGUACCCUACCAAAGGAGCUUCAGGAAGACCUGAUAGCACAGGAGAUUGAUAGCUUACGAGAGCAAAGGCCUGGGAUGGUCCAGAGGGAUGAACAAAUUCAUCUCAUAUAUGACAUCUUAAAGCAAGCCUUUGAAGGGAGAGGUGCUGUUUGAUCAUGCACUCGUUCGGUAUAAGCACGUAGCAGCUCUAAGUUAGAGUAGAUGAAGCCUUGAAGGUGAUGUCGGUUACGUUGGUCCAUGCUUAUUAGUUUACCUGUAAAUGUAUAUGCCGCCGGAUGUCGAGUCCAGCCCUAAAUCUAUACCCACGGCGUUAAUUAAUAGUUGACAUGUUUUCUUCUCUUCAUCCAA